GGGCGCUAUCGGCUCCUCUGAGGCAAGAUGAAAGAGAAGAACUUCCUGUCUCCCCUGUCUCUCCAAAAAUGGCGGACACGUGUGGCCAAGUAUUGCUGGGAUCAGGGCUCACCGUCCUCUCCCACCCUCUGAUGUACAUUAAAGUCCUGAUCCAGGUAGGACAUGAGCCGCUCCCUCCCACCCUGGGCAGGAACCUGUUUGGCAGACAAAUCUACCAGCUUCCUGGACUGUUUGCUUACGCAAAACACAUCAUCAAGAUUGAUGGAAAAGCGGGUCUCUUCAAAGGGCUUGGUCCAAGGCUCUGUGCUGGCACCAUCGGCACCGUCGUGCACAGCCAAGUUGUUCAGAAAUGUCAGGAACAGGGCACACCUCAGGUACUGGGCGGUCAGCAGAAGGCUGUGGAGGGCUCCCUACAGCACGUUGUUAACGAGACAACCAAAGAGAUGAUAGCUCGUUCCUGUGCCACCAUUGUCACACAUCCCUUCCAUGUGAUUACUUUGCGAUGUAUGGUCCAGUUUAUUGGGAGAGAAACAAAAUACAGUGGGGUGUUUGACUCCAUCGUCACAGUCUACAGAGAAGAAGGCAUACUGGGCUUCUUUGCUGGUUUGAUUCCUCGCCUGCUCGGUGACGUCCUGUCUCUGUGGAUUUGUAACCUUCUGGCUCACCUCAUCAAUACAUACGUCAUUGAUGACUCGAUGAGUCACACAGGAGAAAUCAAGAACUGCUCCCAGGCUGUGACAGGGUUCUUCGCCAGUAUGCUCACAUACCCUUUUGUUUUGGUGUCAAACCUCAUGGCUGUCAAUAACUGCGGGCUCGUUGGAGGCCUGCCUCCCUAUGCAUCAGUAUAUCCCACCUGGCUGGACUGCUGGAGGCAUCUAAGCAGAGAGGGCAACAUGAGCAGAGGCAACAGUUUAUUUUUCCGGAAGCUUCCGGCAGGAAAGAUGUACGCAGUUGACCAGAAGAGAUUUUUUUAAAGCCUCAAGAGAACUGAGCUGAACAAAGUUGUGAUAAUAAAACAAAAGAAAAAUCAACAUUGCCUGAUCUGGGGGUUGGACAGUCGGCACUUAAUCUUUUUUUGUAUGCACUUGUUUACUAUGAGUUAUUUUUUUCCCUUAACAACCUGCCAUCAUGUGAAAUAAAAACGCAUUGGUUUCCAGUUCAUUUCCAGCAGGUUUUGUAUUAUUAACAGAAAUGUACGAUUGAAACUGCAGGGUCGUACAGUGAGAUGGAGCAUGAAUGCAUUUCUUCUUUUUAAAACCCACAUGUACAAAAACUGAUGGAAGGACGGCUCACGCUGUCAAACAACCUGUUUGUAUAAUGCUAUGACAGACCAAUGUGAAAGCGCCCCCCUCUCCCAUGUUUUUGUUAUAGAUUAUCUAUUGACAAGACUCCCCUUCAAACCCGUGAUGGGAUUUGUUUGUUGAAAAUAGCACUGCAGUCUGCAUGUGGUAAUGUCUAAUAAUUCACGUUAAGUGGGACCUCUUGUCAUGUGGUAUUGUCUUGAUCAUUGUAAAGCUCACUGGCAGGUGUGUAAUGCUAACGAAAAGGAGGGAAAAGAGUCAGAGGUGGGGGUUGUUCAGGAGCAUGUUUGGAGGGUAACCUGAGCUGACCAAAAGCUCUCAGCACUCUGAACAGUCAAGUGCUUGUAUCAACUCAUUCUGACUAACCCAAAUAAAAACUGCUUUUUUGACCUUG